AUGAGUUCUCAACAAUUAGAUUAUUCGUUCAGGGGUUUGAUCUACGUGUCUGACAUUCAACAAACCAGACCUAGAAAUGGUUUGAAACCUUACAAAAGAUCACCUGCUGGAAGAUUUUGGUGUAGUUCUUUUAGACUUAAUAAUAAUAAUAUUGUUAGCGUUCAGGGUAUCAGAGAUAUGGUUUUUCAGGUUUUUGAAAUACCUGAAAAUUUAACAUGGAUCGAUUUAUCAUUUAAUAAAUUAACGUAUAUUCAUCCGGAAUUUUCAGAGCUUAGAAGUUUAAAAAUACUUUAUUUACAUGGAAAUCAUUUUACUCAAUUUACUCCGGUUCUUUAUCAUUUACAUUUGACACUUCAUGGAAAUCCAAUAGAAGAGGUUAAAGGUUACAGACAAAGGAUAAUAUCAGUUUUGCCAAAUUUAAAAAGUUUAGAUUUUACAAAUGUAACAAAUUCUGAUAUUGAAAAUGUUGAAUGUUUAAAAAAUGGCGGAAGUCGGUGA